UUAUAGAUAUCCACUUCUCAUAUUGUCUUAUUUUAACCAAAAUAAGAAACAUAAAAAUAAAAAAAUUAAGUUCCUUUUUGUUUGUGAUAAGUGUACAAAAGCACAAUCAAGCAAGAACUACACUAAUUCUUUCAUUCAAGAUUAGCUAACCUGCAACCUAUUUUCCAACCCCUGAUUUUUUUAAUCAAACUUUUAACACCUGAACAUGCUAACUUAUCUUAAAUAACUUUUUGAAUCUGGAUAUUUGUUGAUAAUUUCACACAAUCAAAAUAGGCAACGUGUUAACAGCAAUAUUUGGAACCUGAUGGUUUACUUUUUGUUAUGAAGGUUCUCACACCAGGGCUACCAUACAAAGAAGUAAAUCAGCAGAAUGUUUACGCAUUAAAUUGUAUAAUUCGGUCUAUUUUGGCUCACGGGUACCGGAGUUUCAAAUUGCAAGCUAACAACAAAGGCAUUUCAAGAUAUUACUUGCAAUACUAUUAAUACUUCCAACCGUAAUUUAACGUAACUAAAAUAAAUUGAGUUCAUUGUGUGUUUUAAACUUUUAUAGUACAGACUGUAAAAUGGAGUUUGUGAUAUGAAUAUGUAUACAAAACAACUCUUAAAAAGGAUAUACGAGGGGAUGUUUAAAGCAAAGACGUGUGGUAGGAACUGUUUCCAUGUUAGCUUAGCGGAGUUAGCCGGUGGCACGCGGAAAGAUCUCACCGUUGCAGUCUAGCGCGUGCUGAGGAACAUAACCUUUGAGCAGCGAGGCACACGCUGAAUAACCUCGUAGCAACUGGAGACGGCAGAGUUGAGACCUCACUCAAGAGCAAAAAAAAAUGACAACCAACAAGCCAAGGAGCAUGCUCCGCGAAGCCUCCCAUCAGAUUAUAGCCGGUGGAUCCGCUGGUCUGAUAGAGAUCUGCUUAAUGCAUCCACUUGACGUUGUGAAGACGAGGUUUCAAAUCCAGCGAGGAUUGAGUGACCCCACCGGCUACAAGAGUCUAAGAGACUGCUUCCGCACGAUUUUCCGCAGGGAAGGAAUCCUUGGCUUCUACAAGGGAAUCCUGCCUCCAAUCCUGGCAGAGACCCCAAAGAGAGCAGUGAAGUUUUUCACCUAUGAGCAGUACAAGAAGGUGCUGAGCCUGACCCCUUUGUCUCCUGGUGUGGCGCUCUCUGCAGCCGGCCUCGGCUCAGGCUUGACCGAGGCCGUCAUCGUCAAUCCGUUCGAAGUGGUGAAAGUCAGUCUCCAGGCCAACAGAGACUCAUUCAAGGAGCAACCCUCCGCUUUCGCCCAAGCACGAAGUAUUAUCAAUUCAGAUGGCUAUGGAUUGAGAGGUCUGAAUAAAGGGUUAACAUCAACAUUGGGACGCCACGGAGUUUUCAACAUGAUCUACUUUGGCUUCUACUUUAAUGUCAAGGAUGCGAUCCCUGCCAAUCCGGACCCCACGUUAGAGUUCCUGAGGAAGUUUGCGAUUGGCCUGACGUCUGGGACCAUCUCGUCAUGUGCAAAUAUUCCCUUUGACGUAGCAAAGAGCCGCAUCCAAGGGCCCCAGCCGGAACCAGGAGCGAUCAAGUACCGCACCUGCUUCCAGACCAUGGCGCUGGUCUACCGCGAAGAGGGCUUCUUGGCUCUAUACAAAGGCUUGGUUCCCAAGAUAAUGAGACUUGGACCAGGUGGAGGGGUGAUGCUGCUGGUCUACGAAUAUGUGUCGAUCUGGUUGCAGGAACACUGGUAACGAGAAAACCACAGAGGAGAAACGAAAGCCUGUAAUUUCUGUUCCAAAUUUAUUCCUCAUUGACAGAAUUGGUGACUCACCACGAAGCCUUGGGUUUUGUUUUUUCUAAGAUUUAUAAAAAUACCAAAACAGUGUUCCCAUAUUUGGACGAUAAACCUUUCUCACUAAUAAAAGCUGUGUAAACCAAUAGUUUUCAUCACCAAAAAGUAUUUAGAUUUUUUUUGUAUUUUUAUUUUUUACCAGUCCUAGAAUUCACAAAGCAGUGCCGACUUUAUAAAGUGACCUUUGUAAAUGGAGCUCUAAAGUUAUUAGACAAAAAAAAAAGAUUUUUUUUUUUUCUGUGCCACUCUGUUUGUCCCCAACUUGUUUAAAAUGGAUCAGAGUUUUUUUUUUGUUUUGUUUUGUUUUGGUUUUUUUUAUAAAAAUUGACGUAAUAAAUAAGUAGUUGCCUUCA